AUGGAUUUAUUAGGAUCUAUCUUAAAUUCUAUGCAAAAGCCGCCAACUGCGAGUGAGGCCCAAAAAACUGCUAUGCGAAACCACAAAGAAGCAUGUGAAAGAAAACACAAAGAAGAAAAAGUAAUGAUUAAUAAAUUUAGACAGCGGGUAGAAGACAAGAUCAGUAACUUCAUUAAAGAUGGUACAAAACCACACUUACAAUUUGAUCCAAUGGAUCAAAUGUACAGAUCCAUGAUACGAGAUGUUGCUGAAACGGCGGGUGUUCAAGUUAUUUCUUUUGGUCAAGAGGGAAUAGACCGAUAUUCAGUUAUUUAUCUAAAAGACAAGGGCCCAUCUGAGGAUGAACUUACAGUGAGGAGAAAUGGAGGUGUUUGGGAUGAGGAAAAAGCUUUGGAAAUGGCAAAAAAACGAGAAUACGAUAAGCUUGCUCAGCAAGAAGACGUAGUAGAAAAGGGAAAGAAGCGUAAAAACAAUGAUGAAUUGAGUGGAACAUUCUAUAAACAGAAAUAUGCUCAUCUUAUUGGCCAGGAGGCAGCCCUCGACGCGGCUCAGAAGACGAAUGUAAAUAAGAGUUACGGCGAAGUCCCGAGUGAAAAUAAGAAGGAUCAAAGGUCCAUUGAACAGACUAUGGCAGAUAUCAAAGCAAAGAAAAUGAAAAAAAUCGAAACUGACAAACUGUUAGAUGUUACUGAGAAUGUUUAG